AUGUCAGAAUUUGACAGAGUACUCGGGGGUGGGAUUGUGCCGGGAUCCGUAGUCCUGAUCGGCGGCGAUCCGGGAAUAGGCAAAUCUACGUUGUUACUACAAGCCAGUGAUGCAUUGAGUCGGAACUAUGGAGAUGUGCUUUACGUUUCCGGUGAGGAAUCUGUUAGCCAGACAAAACUCCGUGCAACUCGGCUCGGUGUUUCGUCUGAUACACUCUAUGUACUAUGUGAAAACAAUUUGGAGCAGAUUGAAAAGCAUAUUGCAGCACGGUCUCCGAAGGUUGUCAUCGUUGAUUCUAUCCAAACGGUUUAUUUGUCGAAUAUCCCAUCCGCACCGGGGAGCGUCACCCAGAUUCGUGAGUGUGCUGGGCAUCUCCUGAUUUGUGCGAAGAAUCGGAAUAUACCGGUGUUUCUCGUCGGGCAUGUGACAAAGGAGGGAACACUCGCUGGACCUCGCGUUUUAGAGCACAUGGUGGAUACUGUCCUCUAUUUUGAAGGGGAACAGCAUCACAUCUACCGCAUCCUGCGUGCGAUUAAAAAUCGAUUCGGUUCCACGAACGAGAUCGGAAUCUUUGAGAUGCAGAGCACAGGGCUCGUGGAUGUGAUGAACCCGUCAGAACUCUUUUUAAGCAACAGAGAGGCAGAAAUUUCAGGAUCUGUUGUGGUCUCCAGCAUAGAGGGUACCCGUCCCCUGCUCAUGGAAGUGCAGGCGCUUGUCGUGCCUACGAAUCAUGGAAAUCCCCGCAAUACGGCAGCCGGGGUGGACCGGCACCGGAUUGCCUUACUUAUUGCGGUUCUCAAUAAACGGGUAGGCAUUAACGUUGCGGAUUCCGACGUUUUUGUUAACAUUACUGGUGGGCUACGCAUUGAUGAACCCGGGAUUGAUCUCGGUGUUAUGAUGGCAAUCUCCUCAAGUCAUCGAAAUCUGCCUGUGGAUAGGCAGACUGUUGUAAUCGGAGAGGUUGGGUUGGGUGGUGAAAUUCGUCCCGUGACGCAUGUUGAGAGACGAAUCCGGGAAGCCGCGAAGUUAGGAUUCAGACGGGUGAUUUUUCCUGAGUACAACCGGAAAGGCUUGGAAAUUGACGAAGAUAUUGAACUUAGCGCGUCCGAAAUAUCGGGGCAGAUGCUGGCAACCGGGUUUCUUUUUGAUGACAAUCUAAAGAUAGCAAUUGUUCUCAGUUUGGGGUACGUGGGUAUGAUGAGCGGCUACCAUCUCUCUACAACACAUAUUGCGGAUUCAACGGAACCACUUCGUAGAAAUAAGGGACGGCGCGGUUUUGAUAUCCUUCGUGCGCUUCAGAACAAUCUGGGAAUUGAUGUUGAAAUCUCAGAGGAAGAAGUGCCGCAUUUGCCAGAAGUUGAUGCGAAGUUGGUUCAUCUCGCACAAAAGCAAGGGGCAACGAUUAUCACAAACGAUUUAAACCUCAACAAAGUUGCCGAAUUACAGAGUGUGAAUGUCCUCAAUAUCAACGAGUUGUCGAAUGCCGUACGUCCUGUUGUCAUUGCCGGUGAGGUGAUCCAAGUGCUUCUCCUAAAGGAAGGAAAGGAACCGAAUCAGGGGGUUGGCUAUCUUGAUGACGGAACGAUGGUAAUCGUUGAAGACGGGAAACCCUACAUCGGGAGUGUGAUUAAUGUUGAGGUUACACAGAUGUUACGAACGAGCGCGGGUCAAAUGAUUUUCACGCGAAUAAAAGAAAAUGAUAUGGACAGUGAUGAACAGCAAGAUAUUGAUGACAAGAUUAUCAAUCGUGCGGCAGAGUUAGGUGUCAGCGCAAAGCAGCUCGCACAUCAGAACGGCGAAGCGUUCUUUCAGGAUUCCCUACGCCUCGGUAUCCAUCCCGCAGAUGUCCAUCCAAAAGCAACCGAACACAUUCCAGAGAUGAUAAGUUUAAUUCAGAUCCUGAUUGAUAAAGGGGCGGCUUAUGUCAUUGAUGGAAGUGUUUAUUACCGCGUGAAUCAAUUUGCUGAGUAUGGGAAACUUUCCAAUCGGAAGCCAGAGGAUCUCCUCGCCGGUGCGCGGGUUGAAAUUGAUGAGCGGAAGGAGGAUCCGCGGGAUUUUGAUAUGUGGAAAGCUGCGAAGCCGGGCGGAUGGGCAAAUCGGAACAGAAUUUUAUCCUGCUACGCGACGCACUCGACCAUUUAUCCCACUGAGGUGAUUCGUCAUUUCCUGAUUUCGGCACACUACCGGCACCCACUUGACUACAAUCCGGAGAGUUUGGUGAAAUCGGAAGGGGCUCUCAGACGUUUGAACAACUGUUUGGAUGCCUUGAAAAAGUACGAUGGGCAGUUUAAUGCGAGCGAAACCGAGACUUCGCCGCUUCAGGAUGCGAUCCAAACGAUGAAGUCGCGGUUUACCAAUGCUAUGGAUACAGACUUUAACACCGCGCAGGCACUCGGUGCUAUUUUCACUCUUAUUGGCGAAGUCAACAGAUCGCUCAGCACUUCUGAUGGAGCAGAUGCUCCCGUUUUCGCACAAGCCUAUCAAGCGUUGACUGAAACCUGUGAGGUGCUCGGGAUUUACAAUUCGGAUGCCCAAGAUGACAACAACGUGGAGCAACGCGAUCAACUCAUUGCGCUGUUGUUAGAGAUAAGACAGCAGGCUCGAAACCGCAAAGAUUGGGAUACAUCCGAUAAAAUUCGUGACAGGCUUAAAGAACUCAAUAUUGAAAUCCAGGACACCCGCGAGGGGGCUACUUGGAAAAUUAUAUCAUGA